AUGGCGGAUGCACUACUUGGUCCCAUUGUAGAAGUUCUAGUGGAGAAGGCAAUACAUUUGGCUUCUGAACAAAUUGGCCGGUUUGUUACAUUCAAGAAAGACUUGGCGGAUACGUUGACUCUGAUCCAGGCUCUCCUUCAUGAUGCAGAGGAAAGACAGGUGACUCAACCAUUGGUGAAGCUUUGGCUGGAGAAUCUUGAACGUGUGGCUUUCGAUGCUGGUAAUCUGUUGGAUGACAUCAACUAUGAGAUGAUCCGGCGCAAAGUUGAGAUUCAAAACCAAAUGAAGAGGAAGGUAUGCUUCUUCUUCUCACUCUCCAAUCCCAUUGCAUUUCGUUGCAAAAUGGCCUGCAAGAUUCAGAAAAUCAGUAUGGAUUUGAAAAGAAUCAAUGAAGACGCAAGGGACUUUGGCCUACAGCCACAGAUUGGAGCUAGAGAUGCGCCUCGUGUUCUUCCUCCUCCCAAUGUAGGAGGAUUUAUAAAGAACAGAGAGAGUGACUCUGUUGCUGUUGAUACGGGUUUCGUUGGAAGAGAAAAUGAUGUCUCAGCAAUAGUAAAACAGUUGGCUGCCCCAAAUAAUGAUGAAGCUAUCUCCGUUCUCCCUAUAGUAGGGAUGGGCGGGAUCGGGAAGACUGCAUUGGCUCGAAAAGUUUAUAAUGAUCCAAAGAUUGAGGAACAUUUUGAGGCGAGAAUGUAUCUACUGGUCUUGGACGAUGUUUGGAGUAAGGAUUCCGUACUAUGGAAUGACUUUCUUGAGUCUUUGAGGGGUACUAGCCCAGCCAUGGGGAGCUGGAUUCUUGUGACCACUCGUGAGCGAGAAGUGGCAACCAUCACGAGAAUUUCUUCUCCUCAAGAUUAUUCCUUGGAACAAUUAUCAGAUGAUCAUUGUUGGCUCAUUCUCAAAGAAAAUGCAUUGGGUGCUAGGAAAGUGCCAACUAGACCGCAAGAAGAUAUAGGUUUGAAGAUUGCAGAAAAAUGCCGAGGCUUACCAUUAGCUGCAAGCGUUCUCGGGGGCAUGCUGCGCAACAAGGAAAUAGGUGAAUGGCAGAAAUUAGAGAGUGGGCUUCAAAGAGGUGAAAAUAAUGGCAUUGAUGAAAUUUUGAAGUUGAGCUUUGAUCAUCUGCCAUAUCCAUCUCUUAAAAAAUGUCUUGCGUAUUGUUCAAUUUUUCCCAAGGAUUUUGAAAUGGAAAGGAAUCAACUGAUCCAACUUUGGGCGGCAGAAGGAUUUCUUUAUUCAAAUCCAAGAAACAAUAAUAUGUGUAUGGAGGAAGUUGGCAACAUGUACUUUACCAUUUUGUUGGAUAGUAACUUGUUUCAAGAUGCAGAGGAGGAUGAGCAUGGGAAUGUUGUGAAUUGCAAAAUCCAUGAUCUUGUGCAUGAUAUGGUGCAAUCCAUUUCCAGUUCUAAAACUUUGAGGUUGACAGAGUCUGGAAGUGAUGACCAGGGGACGUUUCCCAUCCAGUAUCUUGCACUAGAGAGAAGUGAAAAAGAAAUGCCAUUUCCUCCCUCUGAAAGGUUCAAGUGUAUUACAACAUUAUUUUUGUUGGAAGACAGAUCACUUAAUGAUAGAGAGAUAUCAUUUUUUAUGUUGCGAGUUUUGAGCUUAAGGUCAUCAAGUGUCGAGGAGCUUCCUAAAUCAAUUGGGAAGCUAACUCAUUUGCGGUACCUUGAUUUAUCCAGACCUUCAAUCAAAAUAAUGCCAGACUCUCUUUGUCGACUUUAUCAUUUGCAGACAUUAAGAGUUGAAGGUUGCAAAUCAUUGACAAAGUUUCCAGAAAAUUUCACGAAUUUGGUGAAUUUGAGGCACUUUGAGGUGCGAAAUUGCACAAACUGCAAAGAGUUACCAACUCUUGGGCACAUGUCCUCCCUCAGAUCUCUUCACUUGGAAAGUCUUGAUGGCAUAACAAGCAUAGGACCUUCUUUUUAUGGAGAAUCAACCAUACAUAGUGGAAGCGGCAGUCAAAGUCCCCUAAAUUUGUUUCCAGCACUUGAACAUUUCAGUCUAAGGGACACGCUCAAUUUGACUGAAUGGACGGAAGCAGAAGUUGAUGAUAGAGAAUUGAUGGUAUUUCCUGUCCUUGAGACGAUAGAGAUUGAAGAUUGCCCCAAACUAGCAACUUUUCCAAGUCAUUUUCCAAGUCUCAAGAAAUUGCACAUCCAGUCGACUAAGAAUGGGUCAGCAGUAAUGAAAUAUAUUCGCAGCAGCGGAGUUAGCACUCUCACUGUUCUUAGCCUUUUGUAUGUGACUGGGUUCACCGAGCUACCAAAUGUGUUAUUUCAAAACAAUCCAAAUCUUGCAUAUCUCCGGUUAAACAAUCUUGAUUUGACCCAUUUCUUGGAUUUUCCGUCUGAUGUUCCUCAAACUUUAGAAGGUCCAAAUUCCCAAACAGUGCUUGAGUUGAGCCAACCACACACUUGUAUUGACAAUAGUGCUACUCAACGUUUGGUUGGUCUUGAGUCCCUUGAGAAAUUACAUGUUCGAUUUUGCAAUUCACUCAAGUCGAUUUCAAUCCCCAAGGGAGACAAGUACCUCACUGCCUUGCGAGGAUUAGAAAUUUCCGG